UUGAUCCUGACCUGGUUAAUUUGGAUUUUUUUUGGUUUUUUAUUGGUACUGGAUCAUUUUUCCCCUGGCUCCUUGAUCCUGACCUAAUAAAUCCAGAUUUUUUUGGGCACAAAUCUGAUUUUUUUUGGUACUGGAUCAUUUCCCCCCUGGCUCCUUGACCCUGACCUGGUCAAUCCCAAUUUUUUGGGACACAAAUCGGAUUUUCCUCGGGGCCACCAUGCCGGGCUGGUGGCUGCUGCUGGCGCUGCUGUGCCACCAGCUGUGUCCCCGCGGGGUGGCAGCGGCCAGGAGGGACAGGGACAGGAGGGGCAGGAAGGAGCAGCCCGAGCCCCUGAACACCUCCCUGGCCAACAGCGAGGAGCAGCCCAAGCUGCUGGAGGCGGCAGAUGCCCAGCUCACAGACCCCCGCAGGACCUGGAUCUCCUUCGUGCACCGCCCGGACGACGGCAGCAGCUCCAAGAGGAGAUGCAAAGGCAAAGACAAGAAAUUGCGAGGCCUGGUGGGGCCUCCAGGGCCUCCUGGGCCUCAGGGACCUCCAGGAGCUCCUGGGGCUGAAGUCACCAGGGAAGUUCUUCUGCAGGAGUUCAAGGAGAUCUUAAAAGAAGCCAUGGAGCACAGGGCCUCCCUGGCCGUCUCAGCCCAGCCCAGCCAGCUGCCCCCGCUGCUGCUGUCCCUGGAGGAGGCUCCAUCCCAGCGGCGUGUGCAGGAGGCGUUCCACUGCAAGCUCAAGGGCCAGGUGCCGGUGGACAAGAAGACCUUGGUGGAACUCCAGAAUUUCCAGUCGCCCGUGGCCAAGGGCGCGUUCCUGCGGGGCUCGGGGCUGAACCUGGCCACCGGGCGCUUCACCGCCAUGGGCGGCAUCUACCAGUUCUCAGCCAACAUCCACAUCGACCACAGCGAGCUGAAGAGCAAGGCGCAGCUGCGAGCGCGGGACAGCGUGCGGGUGCUGAUCUGCAUCGAGUCCCUGUGCCACAGACACACGUCUUUGGAAGUCAUUGCUGGCCUGGAAAGCAACAGCAAAAUCUUCACUGUUUACGUCCAUGGCUUGCUGCAGCUGCAGGCUGGCCAGUACACCUCCAUCUUCGUGGACAACGGCGCCGGCGCCGCCGUCACCGUGCAGCCCGGCUCCGAUUUCAUGGGAAUGCUGCUGGGAGCCUAGCAGGAGGAUGGCACCCAGAAUUCCCAAAUUCCCAAAUUCCUGCCUUUUGGACUGCAAACCCCCCAGAUUAACCGUGAAACUGCUCCUGUUCCUGCAGAAUUUAAUUCAUCCCCAGCUCCUCCAGCUUUGCUUCCAGAAGUUGCUGCUGAUUUUUGAGGUCCUCACCGGCUCGUUCUUCACCAGAAUUCUGCUUUUUACCCUCUUUUUACCCAAAAAACCCUUUGGAAUAUUUGAUUUGUGCUUCACCAGGCGCUCACGGAG